AUGGCCAACAGCAGAGCAGGCAAGCCCUCAUCGCGCCCGGCGCCUACAUCUUUUGACAAGGACGAAGAGGAAUUGCAGCUCGAGCAGCAGCUCUUUGGCCAGCGCAAGAAGCGGAAGAUUGCGAAGAAGAGCAACGGUGCCAAUGGCGCUGCGGAUGAAGAGGAGACCGGCCUGAAGAAUGUGACAGAUCGAGACCUCUUCAUGAUCGAUGCGCCGGUCGCAAGCGGGUCAAGUUCGAGCUCUGCGAGCGAGUCCGAGGAUGGAGAGGAGUCCGAAGACUCCGAGGAUGAGCAGGAGCAAGAGAGCAACGACGAGGAGGAUGGCGAGGUGGACGGGGAGAAUGCCCCGAGUGAUACUGGGAGCGAAAGCGGAGGCGAGGAGGAAGACAGCGAGGAAGGAGGCGAAUCAGGCGAGGAGGAUGUGGAUAUCAUCCUUCCGGAUGACCAGUACGACGUCGACGCCGAGGCGGCCGACCGGAAGAAGGUCAAGGCACCAUCGAAGCCGUCAGCGUGGCAAGAUCCAACGGACGAGCUCAUCGGGCUGGACCUCAACGAGAUCAGGCGGCUGAAGAAGCUCGCAAGGGGAAAGUCGAACUCGAAAGUUGGAGGCGCAGAGCUGGAGAAGCGGCUUCGAGAACAAUUCGAGCGAUUACAUCCCAGACCCGACUGGGCUAAUGGCCGAAUCCGCACUGGCGUGCCCUCCCUCUCCUCCCUUUUCUCAUCCACCAAAUCCUUCAUCGACGCGACCACUGCCAUGGCUGGAAGCUCGCGGCCACCUUUACCUCAAGGUAAGGUCGAGCUGCAGCGAUUGCGGAAUGCCAAUCAGGCCAACCCUACGACGGGCAAGCGGGAGGCGCAGAAUGGCGGAAGCGGAGUGACCGACUUUGUUUGGCAUCCUAGUGCGCGAGUACCGGUCGGCGUCGUAUGUGGCGGCGACAGGAGAAUACGCUUCUUCAACAUUGACGGCCAUACCAACCCUACCCUUCUCACCCUCCAUAUACCCGCUCUUCCCCUUACGAAAACCACCUUCCACCCCUCCGGCUCGUCUCUGCUCAUCACCGGCACUCGACCAUACUACUACACCUACGACCUGGCGUCACAAAAGUGCCUGCGCUCGCCCCGGAACCUCUUCGGUUCCAGCCCGUCCGCCUCUGCGCCACAAUCGCUCACCAAGCACGCAUUCUCGCCUGAUGGAUCACUCCUGGCGGUUGCGGGACGCCGAGGCGCAGUCAGCAUUCUGGAUUGGUCUACUUCGGGAACCGGAGCAGUGGUGGCGGAGCUGAAGGGCGGUCGCGGGGGCAAGACGGCGGAUCUGGUUUGGGGGUCUGAUGGAAGGGAGCUGGAAAUACUGGGUGGGCGGGACGGGGCGGAGGUGGAGGUGUGGAAUGUCGGCGAGAGGAAGAUUGUCAGGAAGUGGGGAGAUGAUCGGGCAUACGGAGGAGAGAUACUGAGAAGGAGUAGAGGCGGGGACUAUACGGCUAUUGGCUCCUCAACCGGUAUCAUCAACCUCUACUCAUCAUCGUCACUCACCGCCUCCCGUACCAAGUCGCACGACGCCAAUACUGUCUCGACUCUCCAGCCCGAGCCUAUCAAAUCGUUGGGACACCUGACCACCUCCAUCUGCGCUAUCGACUUCCACCCGUCUGGCGAGAUGAUGGUAGGCGCGAGUACAGGAAAGCGGGAUGCGCUGAAGAUGUACCACUUGCCAUCAGCGACGGCCUUCGGUAAUUGGCCGACGCAGACGACAUCGCUAGGAAGGGUGACGACUACGGCGUUCUCGACGAGCGGCGAAUAUCUUGCGGUGGGGAAUCAGAAGGGCAAUGUGCUGCUGUGGAGUCUUAAACACUUCAGUAGAUGA